AUGGGACAUGGUUCAAGUAGUGACCGACGCAGGGAUCGAACCUGCAAUCUCUUGAUUCGUAGUCAAGCGCCUUGCCAUUGGGCCAGCCGGCCAUGCUGUUAUGGAACUUGGACUCCAGACGUGCGCUAUAAGCGAAAACUAAGUAAGAUAGUCUUCAGUCACAUUGGGGGCAUCUAUCGUCGUCGCAAUUAG